UAAACACCUGACCAACUUGCUCCCGAAAAGACUCCGCUCGAGUGAGAUUUCCACCGAGUUUCACUCAAGCGGGCCGAGUGAACUGGCGAUGGCGGGGGCAUUGAGUGGACCGAUUCCACGGCGUUCCACUACCGUUUCUCGGGCCUCGACGGACCUGUUCCCAGUGCGUGCCGUUCAGUAUGUACUUGAGACCGGUUCGAUACGUUGCCAGCCGAAAAGUCAGCGGGCCGCGGACGACGAUUCCCCCACAAAAAUAACAAGCACCAGCAACUCGCAACAUUGGCAACAUAGCCGAAACACAGGCAACACAACUCUCCUCCAAGCAACAAUAGUUUCGGCAUUCAGUUUUAAGUUUCAAGCGCAGGGUUCUGUUAUGAUAUGGUAUAUUAGUAGCCACUCGUAAAGUGAUUUUGUGCGGUGGUGAUGAUGAUGAUCAAUGUGUGCGAUCGGCAGUUCGAGAAUCCCCAAGAAUGCCGCGUUAAUUGAGCUGUACGUACAGCUGUAGUACAAAUUUGCAUAACCAGUGAGGAGGCAUAAACAAAUCUGGCCGGAGUGGAGCUGGAGCGGAGCGUCUUGGUUCACUGAUUUAAUGCCACAAACAGAUUGCAGAUUGUAGCCGCAGCCGCGCCCCUGCAACUUCAGCUGCAACUUGUGCAGCAACCACCUUCACCUCCACCUCGAACUCCUGUCCUCCUGUCUUGCUGCAUCGCUCGGACUUGGUCUUGGUUGGUCUUGGUCAACCUGCUUGGAAGCUUGUUUCUGCGGAAGAGCUGCCGCCGGAGCGCCAGACCCGGCAAAAAAAAAACAACUAAAAAAGUUAAAAAAAAAGUAAAAAAUACACAUACAGAACAACAACGCUGCUGCUGCUGCUGUUGUCGUCGACGACUUUGGAAUUUUCUUUAAAAACAACGCGCUAAGAUUUACAACGCGGACCCAGGCAAAAAGUGUAAAAGGCAAGCAAAUGCAGCCGCGGUAAAAAAAAAAAAUUAGCGCAUAGCGAAGUGUGUCCCAGUGUAUGUUGUUGUAUGUGCCUCUGCCCGUGUGUGUGUGUUUUUUACCCAGUGUGCGGAAUAAAAAAGCUGCCCAACUAAGAGAAAAAGUUUGAAAAGUGUCAAGCGAGCGGCUCGGUGGCGGCCAAUAACCCAACGACUGGCAUGCAAUUGCGGCCAGGCGACCCCGACGGGUUAAUUACCGUUAUCCUUGCAAUAAAACAACAACUAAAGCAACAACAAGAAAAGCCACUAAACGGUACUCAAGUUGUGGAUUACGUCUACGCCGCGUUGUCGCCGUGUGAAAGGACAACAGCAACUACAGUAACAACAACAACAUCUGCAACAUCAGCAACCUCUGCAGCAUCUGCAACAACGACCAUAAAAACCGCAUUGAACACAAGGCAAAGUCAAGUGAACAUUCCAAUUGGCAACGUAACGGGCUAAUUGGCACACCGACAAAUCAAAACGAGCAACAUCAAUAAGGCAAAAAGAACCCGAAAACAGGCGGAGCCGGCGAAAAUCCAUUCACCAUGAUGCGCCAAACGGAGGACUAGCAAACAAAGGCGAUAACUGGCAAAAAACGAGGAGCGUCAAAGGAUUGCAGACCCCCAUCCGGAAAACUCCUCAGUCCCCUCCCCCCGCCCCGCUGGAAAACUCAAGGAAAAUGCCAUCCGUAGCGAAUAACAACUACAGCAACGAUGCGCGUCUCAGUUACGUUGUAAAUCAAGUUGCAUCCGUAUCUGUAUCAGUAUCCGCAUCCGCUUCCGCCUUGCCCUCCGCAUCCGCAUCCGCAUUUCCCACUUUCAGUCCGCCACGGAUUGCGAGCUUGGUGGCCAGCAGUUCGGCAGAGGACUUGAGCAGCUUUGGCGACGUGACAUUCGACAUCUUCGAUGACGAUGACGACUUGUUCGGCUCGCCAAUGGCAUUCGAUGCCAGCGAACAGGGCCUGUGGAACGGCCGCUUCGUACCGCCCCCGCCCCGACCGCCCUUCUUCGUCGACGAGCCGGUGCUGAGCGACGGCCUGACCACGUGUGAUUUAUGCUCCUGGGCGAUGCCCACCAAGAGCACCUUCAUGUUCGAGGGCACGAUAGAAAAGGCCACAGAACUGGGCUGGCCGCUGACGUUGAUCAUCGUGUCCGUAUUGUCUGCGCUGCUAGGCGCCAUCAUCAUGAUUGCCGUAGUUCGCUGCCGGCGCAAAAAGUCCUCCAACAAUCGCAACGACACGCACGUGCAGUGGUGGUCCCGCAACAAGCGCGCCCACGGCAAUGGGCUGAACGGUGGGGGCGGGGCGAGCGGGACGGCGGGUGGGGCCGCUGGCAAUGCGCACCACCACCACAACGGCAGCAGCAGCAACAUAAACAACAACCACCUGAGGAGGAGCAACAUAUACACGGCCCACCCGGCGGACAGUAUACGAGGACUGCAGCCGCUGCCGGUGGUGCUCCCUCUGCCGUUGCCACUGCCACUGCCCCACCCACCUUCAGGUGGUGCAUCGCCCUCGUCGACCUCACCGUCUGCCCCACAGCAGCAGCCGCAGUUGCAACAGCAGUUGCAGCAGCAGCAGCAGCAAUCCAACCACUACUUCCACCCAUACCAACAGCAGCAUCUGCACCACUCGCAUACGCACCACCACCACACGCACCACCAUGUGCCACUGUACCCGCACGAUUGCGAUGAGGAUGCCGCCUACGAGGAGCCGGAAUACCAUCAGCCGCAGCAGCUGCACUCGGCCAACAGCAGUAGCUCCCUGUCCUCGCUGGGAUCCUCGUCGCUGCCACAGGAAACCAGCAGUUCGGGAGCCACCAACUGGCCACCGGGUGCCUCGGCCGCCACCAUGGUCAUAGCCAGCUGAGAAACGGGCCAGAACUGCGCCUGGAUCUGGCAGCAGUGAGGUGAGGAGUUCUACGGUGGUCUUUGGAGCCACUUAAGAUGCAGCGCACAUGGAUGGGCGCAGAUCAUAAAGGGGAUUACACGUAACAAUUUUGUGAAGUUUAUUUUUGCCAGUUCAUCCGGAGAGACUCCCUAUCUGGGUGCUCAUGUGUGUGUGUGUGUGUCGCCAAUUGGGAAAACCGAAACGAAUUUAGUGUCACUUCCGUUUCCGUUUCGCAAACUAUCGAGGCAGACAGGCGAGAGGGUUGCGGUAUGGCCACAGGACAGGCUCUUUACAUGCCAUGCACGUUUCAUCCUUUAUUGCCGAACGGCAUUAGAACAGGGAUUUUGUCGGAUUAAAGCAAAUAAAGGGCGUGCUUUCUGUUUGCACCCAACUGGCAACUGCCGAUGAUGCCACAAGUUUAAAUCGCAGCACCCUCGAUUGUUUCGGGUACAUCGAAUCGCACCCUUGAAACACAUAUGACCCGUUUCGCAGGGUAUGCCCCAGUCGAUCAGAGGCAGCCCCUACACUUACCACUUCUCUUUUGUCUAAAUAGACAUUUUCGGCUUGAGCUUUGUGGGUAAAUGUAUCCGAGCCACAUUCAGGGGACUGUCCGGGACAGGCAUUGAGCCACAACUUUGUGGCUUUUCACUUCAUUCCGCUCUUGUUUCGCCAUGACGAGAGCAAAUGGGUUCUGGAUGGUUUCUGGCAAGCUGAAACAGGCAAAAACAAAUAACGCUAGGGCGAAAAUUGAAGUGAAAGUCGGGCAAAAAACUAGCAACAUCAUUCGCUUAAUCAUUAAUCAAAUUAUGAGCUCAAGCAUCUAAUAGCAUUUGCGUUUUUUAAUGGGCACUCGUAAUAACAAACCCAUGACAAGCAUAUCAAACAUAAGCUCAACAAGCCAACAAAAGUACUUAAAACAAUCAAACAUUGCAGCAACUUAAAUGUAAAUGCAAAAGUAAACAGAAACUCGCGCCAUUGUACAUAAAUUGUAAAUAUUUUUUGCAAUCCGCUCCAAUUAGCAAUUACCUGCAGGAGCGUGCCACAGAAAGUUUCUUCAACAACUAAAUAUUGCAAUUUUUCAAUUCAAUAAAAACGAAAACAAAACAUUCCUCUUAGAAGCAAACGCAAAGUUCAAGUUUUCAUUUAACAAUUACAUUUAACGACAACACACAACCAAAGACUAGUCAUUUAAGUCACAACGUCGCUAUGUACAAACAAGUUAAUCGAGAGAUAAAAUAUGAUUAAGCCAGUUAAUUAAUUCGACUUACGGAUGCUUCACUCGAACGCAUGCGUUUGGCAUUUAUUAGUUUUACGAGAUGAAAGAACAACUGCAAUAUUGUAUUUUAAAUAUUUAUUCAUUAAACGCACUUUUGCCCACUCCCCUCUAUCCCACAAUAAAAAUAAUCGUAAUUAGCAUUUACAAUUAAAAACUCAAACAUCAAGUAAAUAAUAAAAAGACGAGCUAAAAAUGCGCAAAAAAAUUACUACGAGCAACUCAAAAUGUUCCAAUGUUUAGAUUAGCCAACUAAUUACGUGGAAAUGUAAACAAAACAAAAGUAAAUACUUCAUAGUUUUCAUAACAAACUCAUUAACUUGUGCAGAAAUAAUUUGGGCACACAAAAUACAAAAAGAAAAUAAAAACAAAACAAAUAAACAAAAUCAUAUUAAAAUUA